AUGGCGGAACCUAUCGAUAGAACUCGUCUUCAGACCGAUCUUCGUUACAAUUUUGAUUAUAUGUCAAAAUUUCUUAAUUUUACUAAAGAUGAUAUUUAUAUACUUAACACAUUGGCUCCAAUUUUAUUUCCACGUAUUCCAUAUAUUGUUGAAACAGCUUAUAAAAAAUUAUAUUCAUUUGAUGUAACAAAACAAUAUUUUAAUAUUCCGAAUGAUGAAUUUAAAAGUCUUUCAUUAAAUACAGGAACAAUAUUUACAGUUAUGUGUUCGCAAACUAAUCUUCUUAAAGAUAUAUUAAAUAUUUAUUUAAAACGUAUAUUAAUACAAACCGAAUGGAAUGAUACAUUUUUACAAUAUUUAUCAGAAAUGGGAGAAUUACAUGAAAAUCAAAAAAAUUUAAAAGAAAUUAAUAUGGAUCAUAUGCCUAUUAUUACAUUAUUUGGUUAUCUGGAACAUUUAAUGAUUGAUACAAUAUGGAAAUUAGAAAAUUUUGAUAUUAAAAAGAAACGUGCCGCUAUACAAGCAUUAAAUAAAUUUUUUUGGAUACAAAAUAAUCUUUUUACAAUGUAUUAUAGAUUAUCAUUAAAAGAAAAUUCAAUUUCAAAUGGAAUUAAUGGAAAAAAAUAA